CAUUAUGUGGCGCCGAACUUUUAUUGUGAAAGACCAGGGAAGUAAGUCCGCGCUGAUGCUGAGAAGGAACUCCUCUUCUCCACAUUAUGGACUGGAACGAAGAUAAAAAUGGUCACAACCACGGUGGUGAGUGUGGACAUAGUCACGGACGGGGUCACUCACACAGUCACGGGCCCAGGAUGCCCGGGUAUGGCCCACCGUUUCCCGGCAUGAAUUUCCCUGGACAGUUUGGCAAAAGCUCUGACCCGACCAUGAUCAACACUGCUCCCCGGUCACACAUGGACGAGAGCAGCAACUGGGAUAUCGUCAAGGCCACACAGUUUGGCGUGUUGGAUCGCUGUAAGGAGCUGGUGGAGGCAGGAUAUGACGUCAGACAGCCGGAUAAGGAGAACGUCACCCUCCUGCACUGGGCUGCCAUCAAUAACCGCUCAGACCUGGUCAAGUACUACAUGUCUAAGGGUGCCAUCGUGGACCAGCUGGGUGGGGACCUGAGCUCUACCCCUCUCCAGUGGGCCAUCAGGCAGGGCCACCUCCCCAUGGUGAUCGAGCUGCUGAGGCACGGUGCGGAUCCUUCCAUCGCCGACGGAGAGGGCUACCGCAGCCUGCACCUGGCCAUCCUCUACCAGCACCUGGCCGUCGCAGCCUAUCUCAUGGCCAAGGGGCAGGAAGUCGACAGUCCCGACUGCAACGGACAAACGCCCCUGAUGUUGGCAGCCCAGAAGAUCAUCGGGCCGGAGCCCACCAACUUCCUGAUCAAGAACAACGCGUCCCUGAGCAGCGUGGACAAGGUGAACCGGAACACGGCGCUGCACUGUGCCGUGCUGGCGGGGAACGUAGACGCCGCCGACGUGCUGCUGGAGGCCGGCGCCAGCGUGGACGCCGAGAACAUCAACGGCCACACGCCCAUCGACCUGGCCCGCCAGGUCCACAGCCCCCUGCUGGUCCAGAUGCUGGACCACGUCAAGCAGGAGAGGAUCCGCUCCAACUCGCGCUGCGUGCGCAUGCUCAGCAAGUACAGGUCGUUCAUGCAGUUGGUGUUCUGCGUGGGUCUGAUCGGGUGCGUGGGGGCGAUCGCCGACCUGAACACGGACUCGUGGCUGCUGAAGGGAGCUCUGCUGGCGGGCCUCAUUGGCGCAGUCAACCUCAUGUGCAGGAAGCUGCCCAACUCGGCCUUCUCGGCUGGUUUACCGCCUGCUGCCCUCCUCGCCUCCAUCUUCUGGUUCCUGGUCACCUGGUUCCUGUGGUUCCUGCCAGAUGGCGCCAGCGCCACGGUCCAGGUCCUCUUCACGCUGAACACGGCCUCCCUGCUGUACUUCUACCUCCGCACCUGCAGGACAGACCCGGGCGUGGUCCGCGCAACCGAGGAGGAGAAGAAAAUGAAUGUGCUGAUGUUGGCUGAGGCCGGUUUUCUGGACCCAAGGAUCUUCUGCACCUCCUGUAUGAUUAAGAAGCCCAUGAGAGCCAACCACUGCUUCAGCUGUGACGCUUGCGUGGCCAAGCAGGACCAUCACUCCAUAUGGACCAACAACUGCAUAGGUGCACGGAACCACCGGUUCUUCGUCCUGUUCGUGGCGGCCAUGGUGGCGAUGGGAGCCUGGGUGUUCUACGGCUGUCUCACGUACUGGUCCAAGCACUGCUCGCUGAACUACCAGGAGCAGGGCGUGUGGGGCGUGCUGACAGCCCUGGUGAGCUGCUCCCCCUGGGUGCUCAUCGUCUUCUGCAUGGCCUUCUACCACACGGCCUGGACCUCCGUCAUCCUGCUGCUGCAGCUCCACCAGAUCGCGUUCCUGGGCCUGACCACGGCAGAGAGAAUCAACCUGAUGCACCACCAGAAAAAGCACCCCAAGUCCUCCAUGAGACAGAACCCUUACAACAUGGGCAUCGUGAGGAACCUGGCCUCCUUCUUCCAGCUGCGCUGCUGCGGCCUCUUCAAGCCCCCCGUCACAGACUGGACCCAGCAGGGCCCGUUCGGCCGCGACCUGGCGCGCUUCGGGCCCCCCGAUACGGUUUGAGAGGCCCCCCAACACGUCCCAGCCUUUCCUGGGGAGGGGGGGGACAGGAGUGUGGGAGCUAGACCGGGAGCACACUGCUAAUUUAUAUACAGUAUAGAGAAGGACAUACAGUGAUAUAAACGAUAUACGUGCUUUUGAGUCUUUCCCGUCGGGAGGAACCACUGUCAUGGGCGAAGGCACAAGUAGGAGCCCUCGUUUUAUUCCAAGUCGCUUUUCCAGUCGCUCUUUCUACAGAAUGCCGUUGCCUUAUACUUGACUUAUGCUAGAGGUGAGGCAGGAACCGUUUUUCCGUUUGAAGUGAAGGGUCCGCCUUUAGUGGCCUAGCUUAUGUUUGAAGUUUCUAUUUGUUUUGUUUUUUAUAUAAAAUAUAUGUACAAAAUAAGUAAGCCUAUUUUUCUAUCGUUGUUUAUGAAAUAUCGAUCUUUUAAAAUGUACAUUUGCAAAACUUUUGUAAGAGACGCAUGUGUUUGUUAUUGAAUGACCACUACGGUGAAAAGAUUGGAGGUCUUUUUUUAUCUUCUAUUUGACCGGCUCUAUAAAGGAUACUCAAUGUCUGUUGCUCUCAAAACCGGUGUCCUUGACACCCUACAUUUUUCCUUUUUCCAUUGGCCAUUCUUGCCGUGCCGAGGCAGACCUGGCCAAGUUGAUUUUCAUUUCCAUUCCCAGUUCAAACGCAGCCGAGGUGCGUUUGAACUGGGAAUAGAAACGCAAAUGGAAAUCUCUGGAGUCAGGCCAAUGCUCGCACGACCCGCAGCCGAAGAGAGUUGUGUUGACGUCAGCCCUGGUGUCUGUUCGGAGCGAGAAUUUGUCUCUCAAAUUGUAGGAACAAAGACCUAUAAAAUUACAAUAAUUGCGUUUGUGUAUGCAACGCAUCGCCAUGCACGCAAAGUAUGUCUAGAGUUCUCAACGCCUGAAUCUAUAUAAUUCAUUAUUCCUAUAACUGUGUAUGCCUAAUUAAAAAUGGUAAGGAUGGAAGUGAGCUCCAUGAUUUUAGUUUGACAAUAUCCGCUUGCAAAGCAAAGUAGUACAUCGAAAAAUGACAAUUUUUCACAUUAUCAGAUUGCUUCACGCCUAAAAUAUACAGUUGUGUUUUAAAGGUCCUCAUUGGAGUCUUGUUAUUAGUUCACUCUACAUUACAGCGUCUUUCAGACGGACUUUACCCUACAGCGCCCUCUCUUGGCAGUUUAACGUUAUGAAUGGGAGAAGUUAAAUGACGGAAAUGUUCCAGAGAUGUUACUUGGUUUUGGCAGUUUUAUCCCUGUUCCAACUCAAACAUGACCCCAUGCAAUGAACGUUUGUGUACCAUCAGGUCAUUGCACUGGAAUUAAUAAAUCACUUUUUGCUUCUCAUUUCGCAAUUAUUUAUAUUUGAAAUGUAAAUAUUACAUCAGAAUAUACCAAAGGAUUGUAAAGGUUUCGUUAUACUAACAGUUUAGAGUAAAUAAAGUACAUAAAAUAAAACACAUUAUUUUUCGCUUACUUAAACAUUUUUGGCCUUGAUAUAUUUUGUGUGCGUGUAUCAACAUUUGUCGGUUUUAUUUUUUCUAUAAUGUAUUUCAAAUCUCGGGUUAGUCUCUAUCAGCAGAGAUAGAUACACUGAGAAACAUACCAAACCAAUAUAGAAGACACAUUUCUUAAACCCAGGACUGAUUAAAAAAACAUAAAGAAUGUUUUAUUCAUUACAUCAAAUAAAACUGUGGUAAUAAAAAAGUAGAUAAUUCCAGAAUCUACAUUGGAAACACAAUUUGAAUGUGUUCUUCGUUGCUUUGUAGAGUAAAUAGGUUGCUAUCUUUAUUUGUUGCGUUGUCAUUUGAAUGCCUUGAUUGAGUAGUUGAAGGUAACGGCUUAAUUAAAUGAUAGAAACAUUCCAAUCCUUUUCUGGAUGGCUGCCCAGACUUAAUUGGAAAAGAUUAACUCUGGGUAUGUGUUCAGUUCACUUGCCUUGUUAAGUCUAAUUACUAACGCAAGAUUAUUCACAAAGGAAAACCGCAAACAAUACAAACACUCGUUAUUCAUUUCAACAUAAUGAGGCAACUUUAAUUGUUUUGUUUUGGAAAGCAGCAAUUAAAUGAUUGAAUGAAAUGUUAAAAAAAAAAGAAGAAAUCAAAAGUGAACUGCUCUAAACAACACUGCAUGUUGAUGUUCUUAAAGGGGUCUUUCCUCUAUCAUGGCGGCAUUCCCCAACCCGAAUCCUUUGGGCCCAAAGUGUUUAGCGUAGCACACUGCGGAGACAAUGAGAACAACACACAAAAAAUACUCAUCAACCAUGUUCAACAAUUAUCACAUCUUUGUGUCAUAACACUUGUUUGAAAGGCAACGAUAUAACCCUUGAAUUUCUACUUUGUACAAGUGCUUUGUGUGUUUGAUGCUUGAAUUGUCGUGUGUGCGUGCGUGCAUUCUCACACACACACACACACACACACACACACAC